GAUUACCCAGGAACUGAAAAGGGGUUCUUAGUCAGAUGUAGAAUGCAGGCUGCAUCUGCUGAUGGAUGACAAAAGAUUGAUACAUACCUCAGUAGAUAACCCCCUGGAACUGAAGGAGUUCUGGCAUUGGCCUUCUGUUCUCCCGUGACUUGUCUUCUGCGCGCCAUCAUUGAUCACCACCGCAACAAGAAGAUGAUACACCCCCAAAGGCCAAAGCAUGGGACAACAUGAAAAGGCUUCUACGAGAAUGAUGAGAAACUGAAACAUUAGCUUUGAUUCAUCCAAUUACAUUCUGACAUUUUGAAGGCAGCAAUGCGACGUGCUUGUGGUUUGGUUACCAGAUGAUGGGGUGUGUGAAUGAAAUGAUGACCGAAAUCUCAAAUCUGGGUGGUGGGGCGGGGGGUCAGUGGUCACAGUCGCGCGCGAAUAUGCCCAUAUAUAUCCAAUCCAUUUAUCUAUCCAUUCCAUUUCGCCGUUCUCUUCCAUUCAACAAUAUUAUUCCAUCCGACCCCGAGUGUAGCAUGCCAUGCAAAUGCAAAUGCAGGCUACCAGCAUUUUCAGCAGCAGCCGGGCCUGGACGUCGUGGCGCCAUUCUGUCCCACCAUUCGGCGACGGAAAUAACAAGCAUGGCCGCCCCGGACGACGCCGAGCAGCGAGGGCCAUGGCCGCAUCCGAGCUUCCUGACCUGAGCCCAAUACGACGCGUGGUGCUGGACAUCGAGGGCACAACGACGCCCAUCUCGUUCGUGGCGGACGUGCUCUUUCCCUACGCCCGCGACAAUGUCCGCAGUCACCUCGCCGCCACUUACGGCAGCAGCGAGGAGACGCGCGCAGACGUGGCCCUGCUGCGCGCGCAGGUGGAGGAGGACCUCGCGCAGGGGGUCGACGGCGCCGUCCCGAUCCCGGCGGAUGGGGAAGGAGUAGCCGUGGUGGUGGAGGCCCUUGCGGUCAACGUGGAGGCCAUGAUCCGCGCGGACAGGAAGGUGACGGCGCUGAAGCAGCUGCAGGGGCGCAUCUGGCGGCGCGGCUUCCACAGCGGCGAGCUGCGGAGCGAGGUGUACGACGACGCGGCGGAGGCGCUGCGGCGGUGGCGUGCCAAGGCCUACAUCUACUCCAGCGGCAGCCGGGAGGCCCAGCGCCUCAUCUUCGCCAACACCGCUGCACACGGCGAUAUCCGCGACCACCUCUGCGGAUUCUUCGAUACCACAAUAGGGCCCAAGCGCGAGGUUAGCAGCUACUACGAGAUCUGGCAGACGCUGGGCACAGACCGCCCCUCCCAGAUCCUCUUCUUGACAGACGUCUACCAAGAAGCCACUGCUGCAAAGGCUGCAGGUCUUGAGGUGCUAAUAUCUAUCAGACCUGGAAACGCACCGCUCCCUGAUAAUCAUGGCUUUCCCACAAUCACAUCAUUCGCUCAAAUCUCCAUCUGAACCUAGCCACCAAUACCUUGUUUCCUACUGUACAAUCUGAUCUGAGCAAUAUUAGCAUAGCGCAUUCAGCAAAUCGUUAGGUUUACGGCAGACACCAGCUGGCGUGUAAAUAAACAUGUAAUGGUCUCAAGCUAUUACUAUCAAGUUUCCAUUCCAUCCAAA